AUAUUUGUGACAGUUCGCUGACUAGGUUUGCACCAGCAUAUGUGUAACGGUCAGUUUUUGAAUAGUGGCGAUAUGUGGAAAUUUGCGCAAUUCCUUGUACUUAUACAAAUUGUAAAUUAUGCGCAGGCUCAAAUCGCUUUUACAGGACUACCUUGCACAGUCCGCAAUCCUAAGAUCGUCGGCGGAAGCGAAGCGGAACGGAACGAAAUGCCGUUUAUGGUUAGUCUAAUGCGUCGUGGUGGCCACUUUUGUGGGGGCACCAUUAUACAUGAGCGCUGGAUACUCACCGCUGGUCAUUGUAUUUGUAAUGGUCUGCAAAACUUCAUGAAACCCACGCAGAUUCAAGGCGUUGUAGGUGUCCAUAGUAUUCGGGAUUAUUUAAAUGCUGUCAGUGACGGGUCCCAGGGAUUCCGAGUAGACUUUAAGCGCAUUGUACCACAUCCACAAUAUGAUUGCAAAAAUGUGCAACAUGAUAUCGCUCUGCUUGAGCUCGUACAACCCAUGGGCUUUUCGGCACAUAUUCAGCCCAGCUGUGUUAGUUCAGGGGAGGAGGAUCGUAGCUUGGUGCCGGAAUACGGAACGGUAUCCGGCUGGGGAUGGACACAAGAGAACCAGGCAGAUGGCGAGCGUGCCGAUGUCUUGCGUAAGGCAAGAGUUAAAAUAUGGAACAAUGAGGUCUGUGAGCAUUCAUAUCGAGCGCAAGGAAAAUCCAACAGCAUUAGCGACACUCAGAUGUGCGCAGGAUUUGAGAAUGGUCAAAUUGACUCAUGUUGGGCUGACUCUGGUGGCCCACUGAUGUCGAAGGAGCAUUAUUUACUAGGCGUUGUGUCUACGGGCAUUGGUUGUGCCCGUCCAGGCCUUCCAGGCAUAUAUACGCGUGUCAGCAAAUAUGUGAAAUGGAUGAAAAAUGUAAUGGGAAAUCGGCAAUAGCUAUAAAACAUGGAAAACUGAAUGUGAUAAAACUGU